AUUUUAGCAUGCAAUGUACUUUUAGGAAUACUCUACUGCCGUGGAUUUAUAUUUAGACAUAAAUGCUAUUUUAUCUAAGAUAUGCUCAGAUUUAAACGUGCAUGAUGAAAUAGAAAGACAGUUUGUUCGGACCCUUUAUACAGAAUGGCUACCGCAAAGAAACAAUACAGCGAAAAGGAACUUAUUGGGAAAGGAACUUUUGGCAAAAUAUACAAAGCUAAAAAACGAAGUUCAAAGGGAUUUGAGGAUUUUGUUGCUAUAAAGGAGAUAGACCUGACAAAAUGUACCGAAAAGGACAAAGAGCAUGUUCAACAGGAGGCAGAGGUUAUGCAGACGUUUCAACAUGAAAAUCUCGUAAAAUUUAUAGAAUCGUUUUGUACGGGUAGAUGCCUCACUAUAGUUAUGGAACUUUGUAAUAAAGGAAACCUAAGGACAUUGAUAGCCGACAAGAAAGGUUUAGACGAAGAACAGUUUAUAAGCACAUUGACUAAAAUUGUACGAGGGCUUAAGUAUCUACAUGACAAGGGCAUCAUACACAGGGAUAUUAAAACCACAAAUAUCCUGUUGCAUGAACAGAAUGACGAAUGUCAAGUUAAAAUUGCUGACUUCGGACUGGCAAAAAUGAUGAGCAUGUCGUCACCAACUGUUUAUGUUGGAUCCCCUUACUUCAUGAGUCCUGAAAUGAUAAAUGGAAAAGAAUACGACAUGAGUACUGACAUUUGGAGUCUAGGGUGCUGUGCUUACGAGAUGGCGACAACAAAGGUACCUUAUGACGCGAAACUCCUAGAAAGUCUCAGACGAAAGAAAAGCGAAGGACUUGUAGACUAUUCUGAAAUUAAAUACUGUAGCCUUAUGCGAGACCUGAUUUCAGCGAUGAUGGAAAAAAACCCAUCUCAGAGGCCCAAAAUAGGGGAUGUAUUAACUUUCUUAGAGCAGCAUGAUCUUACCACUCACACAAACAAAACACAAGUCAAAGACGGUCGGAGAAAAGAACAUCAGUUAGCCAUGACAUGGCCAGGACAGAUACCAGGUGGCUACCCUAAACAAUACCAUGACACUAGUGGUUAUGAUACACACGAAGACAACAGUAAAUUACUAUUAUGA